GAUCCUGCAUUAUUUGCGGAUAAAAAUGAGCGGUCAGCAAAAUUAUCUUCAGCAAACUGUAUUUUCACUAGUGAAAAAGAUCUUCAAUGGAUUGGAAGAGUUGACCGCAGUCGCAGUAUUCUUAGUAACUCUGUGGCUUCGCCUUUAGAACUCGAGAAAAAAGGGAAAAAAUAUGGUCGGCAGAUUGCUGUAACGAACGAUCUUCAUGAGAAACGGAAAAUUGCAUGGGGUAACGUUGAUCAAAGUGCAGCUGCGUCGGAAAUUGUAACUGUGAAAAGUUCUUUGACUGAUGACAAAACAUCUGCUAGUCCGAUGCAAGUCAGCACAGCAAACUACAUUAAUAACAUGGAUAUAAGCAAAAGAAGCUUAGCAAAUAGUGAAGCAGAAUUGUUUAAAGAGGAAAAAAAGACAAGUAGCUGGAACUCAAGCAAUAUAUUUACUGCAAGCGAUAAUUCCAAAAUAAAAGAGGUGCAGAAAAUUCCACCGACAAAUACGACGAUUAAUACGCAAAGUGCCACUUCAUUUGAAGCUGAAGUUGUUAAUAUUAGUAGUUGUUUGUCAUUUUUGGACGAAACGGAAAACAUACCCAUGUCGAAGAAAUUUUCAAAUGAAGUUGAAGACACAACUGCAUCAAGCAGCGCGAGUGAAGAUUCGGUUAAUAUCAGCAGCGUAAAUUCGCAGAUUGAACUGUUAGAUAAUAUUGGAGCAAAUGUUACCGCAAAUAAGUUUGCUGAAACGUCAAUUCAUGAUGUUUCUGAAGAUGACGUCCAAAUUAUUGGUUAUUUUGCUCCAUCGCAUUCCACUUCAACAUCAAAGCCAGCGCAGGAAAUCCCAGAGACCUUAUCGAGAAUGGAAAUGGAGGUGCAGUUAGAGAAUUUGAAGAAUCUUAAGCGAAGCGCGAAUCUAUCGAAACUGCCAGAUUGUGGGCGGCGAUUAAUAGAAAGAAUUGAAGUAUUGCAAGAUAAAUUAAAUAAUCUGGAUGCAUUUGAAAAGGACGAAAAUGUUGCUCCAAAUGGUUUGGAUUUGGAUUAUUUUAGCAAGGUUACAGAAAAGAGAGAAACUGAUAUUGUUCAGAAAAAGCAAAGACCACCAAUCAUUUCUCCUCAAAUUAUGGCUGGAGGACAUCGGCUCUUUGACGGAAAAACGGCAGAUAAUCGAAUUUGCCUGGCCAAUGCAGUUACUGGACAAGUUAUUGUUCAGAUGCACAGUUCACUUACAAAUGCCCCAGAAAAUGUGGGAACGGACACACCAGCGAAUUUGCUUACGGAAUUAAUGCCGCAUCAAAAAGAAGGUCUGACCUGGUUGCUGUGGCGUGAGAGACAAGCGUUACCUUGUGGAAUCCUCGGUAGCUAUAGUUUUUAUUGGGUUUUAGACCUAGCUGAUGACAUGGGCUUAGGGAAGACAUUGAGUAUAAUUUCACUUAUUGUAAAUGUCAAGGAAAGGCGUAAACAUGAAGAAGUGAUGGAAGGAUUAAACAAGAGAGUUACUAAAGGCGGUUUAAUUCCAUCCAGAACUACACUAAUUGUCGCUCCAGCUUCAUUAAUCUUCCAGUGGGAAGCAGAAUUUCAAAAACACGUGAAAAGUGGCUUUCUUUCUCGAUAUUUGUUCCAUGGACCUAAACACAAGCGCGAUAUAAGUGCAGAAUGUCUUGCACGGUAUGACGUUGUUGUCACUACAUAUGGAAUUGUGAGCAAUGAAUUAAGCGAAAAAUUUACUGCAGUUAAUGUUGAUGAUGAAAAGAGUAGUAGUGAUACUAAUAGUUUUCAUGAAGAAAAGAAUGGAAAAGAAAAAGGAAGGCGAAAGGUUUUGAAAAAAUCAGACUCAGUUCUCACGAAGAUAGCGUGGGAGCGUGUCGUUCUGGAUGAAGCGCAUCAAAUCAAAAAUAGAACAUCAUUGAUUUCUAAAACAUGUUGUAAAAUUCCUGCUGUGGCUCGAUGGUGCGUUACAGGCACACCAAUACACAAUAAUUUAUGGGAUUUAUAUUCUUUGAUAAGAUUUCUGCGUGUGGUUCCGUUCAGUGAGGAGGCUAUUUGGAAAGAAUAUAUUAUGUCAGCACAUUCAUCAUCACAAAGAUUAAAUACCUUAGUGAAAGGGUUGCUAUUGCGGCGAGAAAAGAAUCAGUUAUGUGGAGAAACAAAUAAACCGAUUGUUGAUUUAAGGCCAAGAAUGUAUGAAGAAGUUGUUAUGAAACUUCAAGGGAUCGAAAAAAAAGUUUAUGAUUAUAUGUUUCAGAUUUCAAGGCAAAAAGUAAAAGAAUUAAUCAGAACAAAGGAAGAAAGAGAACGAGAUCUGUAUGGUAUUGAAACGACCAAUUUUACUAAUCGACUAUCGAGGAAUCCAUUUUUAGGCGGUUCACGAGCGAUUCGAAACAACGAUAAUUUUCAAACAAUGAGUUGUGUACUAACGUUACUAAUGCGUUUGCGACAAGCUUGUGUACAUCUCUCACUAAUCAACCAAGUGGUCGAUAUGGAAGCACUCCAAACAUUAGGCGUUGAAGAGGAUGAAAACGCGGAAAUGUUAUCGAAGUGUUUCUCAAAUAUGUCGCUUUUGGAUGAACAAGCCCUCACUGCGAACUUACUGAAUGACGACAGAAAUGAACAUGUAGAACAGCUCUUUCAGAAAACUUUUAUUUCAACGAAGAUCAAGAAAUUAUUUGAACAUGUGGACUAUGCUCUUUCUUGUGGCGAUAAAUGUGUUAUUGUAAGCCAGUGGACCAGUCUUUUGAAUAUCCUGGAGUAUCAUUUGGGACAGAAAAAAAUUUUAUACACAUUUAUUAGUGGAAAAGUUUCGAGCAAGGACCGACAAAGUAGAGCUAAUAGCUUUAAUAAGAUUGAUAGUGGGCCUCGUGUUAUGUUAUUAUCAUUAACAGCCGGCGGAGUGGGAUUGAAUUUAGUCGGUGGUAAUCAUCUAUUCCUCGUCGAUUUGCAUUGGAAUCCUGCCCUUGAACAACAAGCUUCUGAUCGCAUUUAUAGGAUUGGGCAAACGAAGAAUGUUUUUAUACACAAGCUGGUGUGCCUUGAAACAAUUGAAGAACGUGUUCUGGCAUUACAACGAGUAAAGCAAACUUUAGCAAAGGAUGUUUUAGAAGGAGUUGCAUCAAAAAAACUCAGUAAAUUAACGAUUGCUGAUCUGAAAUACUUAUUCGAUUUGGGUCGUCCGCAUAAGGAUUUGGCAAAUUUUGCUGCUACGGUUUAUCCACCGAAAUUCAUCUCAUCCUCAGCAAUUUCCAGUACUAAUACAGGAUCACUUGUGCAACAGUACGAAAACAAGACGAAUAACUGA